GCUUACAUGAGCAGAUACGAGCUGAGCAGAGAUGAAGUGCUGGAACAGAAGCAGGCUUUCGACUUGCUGGAUAUUGAUGGCAAUGGCAAGGUCACAUACCAGGAGGUCAAGGAGAUGAACGCCAAGCUUGGACAGCCUAUGUCUGAACAGGAGCUUUCUGAGCAGUUCACCACCCUUGAUGUUGAUGGUAACAACACGGUGACAUUCCCGGAGUUUCUGAAGGUAUAUGUGAAAGGUGAGUUCGGCAGGGAGGUGCCACUACCGAGAGGAGAGGAGACGCUGCAAGUCAACGAUCUAGCACCUGGUCGCGCGCACUCUAUGAGCAACACGCUGGACCCCAUCGACGAGUCCAAGAUGAUAAUGAAGCUGUCUCAAAAGAACAGUGCCAGCUACUAUGUGCGCGUGGCGAAGGUAAUGCUGGCUGGAUCUCAGGAGAAGCCCGCUUCGGAAGUGCUCGAGUUGAAUGCCCUUGGGUAUGCCAUUCCGCAAGCAACAGCUGUGGCGGCAUUGCUCGAGGAGCAGCAAAUCGGCAAGGCGCCUGCUAUCGGUCUCCAGAUUCGUGGGUUCCUGGCACCACCAGGCAUUGCCUGGCGCUUGGCGUUGGAUGUUGCUGGAGACAUACCAGCCGGCCGCGACUGGGCAGAGCUGGUUGAGGCAGGCUAUUUAGAUGUCGACUGGCGUGAUGUUGAGUUUCCAGUGGGAUCGUUGGAGUUGCCAAGAUCAUUGAGACGUGGGGAGGCCAAGACCUUUUUGGCUUGCAAAAUCGCAUUGGGCAGGGCAAGCAUGGUGAAGGACGGCAAUCCUCCCAAGUUUCCGGAAUUCUUUGCGUCAUGUCUGGUUCGAAGCCAGGCGUCCCUUCUUGCAGCAAGAGCCCGUGGAGCCGAUCAUGCAGAUCCUGUUGCGGACUGGCAGCAGGUGUACCGUGUUCGACAUCGGGAUCAGGUGCUGCCUUUUGCCCUAUGCGAGGUGGUUUUUGAGGAGCGACGUGCGAUUGCCAAGCCACUGAUCUGUGAAUAUUGUGAGCAACGAGCUGCAAGCGUCUACUGCAAGAACGACAAUGCCCACUUCUGUGCUGCGUGUGAUGCAUCGCAUCACUCGGAGAACGAGUUUUUCGCUCGGCAUCAGAGGUUUGCGCUGGAACACUCACCUCUACAGUUUGGCCUUUGCCGACACCAUCCAUCUGAGCGCUACGAAAGCGUGUGCUUGCAAUGCAAGGUCAUGCUCUGCCGCAUGUGCAACAAGUUCGGGGACCAUGCCAGAAAGGAGCAUGAAGGGCAUACGCUGAUGUCGACAGUUGAGGCUUUCCAGCAGGCCAUGCAGGCCGGCAGCGAGUCUGACUCCGAACAGGGCAGACACAACUCGAUUCUGCAAGAGGUUAUGCAGGAUCGACAUUUCCAGCUCAUGGAGGUCCACGCGAACUUCGAGGAAACCCAGGGUCAAAUGGAUGUCGUUUUGAGGGGUGCAUUAGACCAGCUGGAGCGAGCACAGUCUCGCAAGCUGGAGUUCCUGCAAUCGAUGAAGAGACAGGUUACCACACAACUGCUCUUCAUCCAAUGGUUGGACAAUUUCCAAGCGCAUUGUCGAAUGGCUUUGCCUCCUGCCGACUUCGUGGUGGCCACCAGGAGGCAUGAAGGCUUGCUCGCCGCGCUGUUUGGCUCUGAUGGAAGCUCUGUUCUCAAGGUGGGUGUUAAAGGAGCUGUCGUCCCUUAA